AUGGCUUUAUUAAGGAGAGAGGAAACUUCUCAUGAUUUAUACCUUACUGAAAAGGAAUUUCGAGCUUAUGGUCUUCGGGGAGAGAGAAGAAACGUGUCUCCUCGUAUCGUUCCUCCAGCUCUGGAAGCUCUUCAUAGAGAGUAUGAAAGGGAGCAUCUUGCAAGACAGCCAAACCUCAUUUACGGGGAGGCUGUUCCUGCACAUCGAGAAAAUAGAUUACCUGCUUAUACUCGCGGUGCUAGACAUGAGUUGCCACCUGCAACUUCUGCUACUGCUGUAGAUGCGUAUGCAAGGGAUCCAUAUUACGGCUACUCCUAUUAUGGUUCUUCAUCAUUGGACCCAUAUCUGGCACCCCAGAGAGAGAAUCAUCUAAUUGAAACUGAUCCUGUGAGGAGAGAAACUGAUCAUGUGGAGAGAUUAUACUCAACACAUGUUGUUGGUGGUAGGAGAGAGAACCACCUGAUUGAGACUGAUCCUGUGCUAAGGAGAGAAACUGAUUGUGGAGAGAGACUAUACUCAAUUGAUGCUGCUCCUGCUGAUGCUGCAUCCAGUUAUAACCGGACAGAAAACUACCAGGCAACCAAGGCUGAUGCAUUGCCUGCGCCAGUUUCAUCUCCUUAUGCUUUUGCUUGUCCGUCAUACUCCUACCGCUAA